AUGGAUCGCUCCAGCACAAGACGCCGUCCCAAGUCCCGCAGAGUUCCAGACGAGAAGCGCAAGCGAGCUGCCCAGGCAUGUGACCGUUGCAAGGCCCGUAAGAGCAAAUGUGUAGGCGUCAAUACAGGAAGAUGCCAGCGGUGUGCUCGAGACGACCGUCCCUGCAAAAUCACCAGGUGUUACCCAGGAAAAUUUCCAAGAGAGACACAACCAGCUUCACCGCGGCGAACAAUAUCAGUGGCCGAUAUGCUACAUGAAUCCGCCAGCUUCGAGUCUAUUGAUAGUAGUAUUGAUGCUAACAAUGUCCAAGUGGUGAAGAUAACAUGGCCCAAGUUCCUGCUGCAACUCCGAGAGGCCCUUGCGCUGGAUUCACGCAUAGAGCUCGACGAAAGCGAUAUGAUGGCCAUGCAGACGCAAUACCACCAGCCGACGAUCCUGCAACCAAACGAAAUCAACCGUAUCCAGAGAGCAUCCCGGGCCCUUCCACCGCGAGCCGUUGCUGACUUCUUGAUCUCGGUAUGCUUGACCCAUGCCUCCGAUGUUUUCUUUUACCUCGACCAGGCCCAGUUUCUGGCGGACAUCGACCAGCUCUACACCAUAUCGGCAUCGCCUCUGCGUCUUGAUACAGGAUUUAUAUGUCUAGUACUUUCGGUUCUGGCGCUCGGUAGUCAGUGGACGGAUUUGGAGCGGCCGUCGAGCUUCCCUGCAACUCUGCCGAUGGACGGCAGAGAUCCUGGACGAGUCUUCUACGAAGAAGCCCGGUCACUCAUUCCCGAUCUGAUAGACCGAACUUCUUUGACGUCCAUCCAGGCGCCGUUUAUACUAGGUGUUUACUCGCUGCCAGACCGGGCCCUAGGGUCGGCGUAUUCCUACAUGGGGUUGGCUUUGCGUAAGGCUGUUGCGCUUGAGAUACAUCAGCAAGUAGAUGAUGCAAGAAUGUCUGAGCACGAGAGACAGGUCCGCUGCCGGUUAUGGUGGGCGGUUUAUUCUUUGGAAAGGACUACCGCUAUCAAGCUAAAUCGGCCCCGAUCCAUUGACCCUGAGACAAUCAGCACACCGCUUCCAGUGCCCUUGCCUUCCUUGGACCUUGCGCAGGCAGUAGAUAAUAUCCAGCAUCAGAUAGCGUAUGCGAGCUUGGUGAUGAUCCUAGACAGGAUAGAUAGCCUAGGGACAAGAAACCUCGACAAUUCGCAGUAUGAUGUCUUACAGCUGGAACUAGAGACCUGGAAACGGAACCUUCCGCCAGCGCUGCGCAUAGAAAACGUUCGCCCCAGGGCUCCCGAUUACCGCGCCGUCUUCCACUUGCAGCUCAACUAUCUUUACGCCAGGAUCGUCCUGGGCAAAGGCUCUCUCCUCAACACGAUUCAGACCCACAUUCAACGCCAUCGGCCGGUCCUCGAAACAAACACAAGGCCGGACUUAGAAACAGUGUUGGACAAGCUAGCAUUAUCCUGCGUUGAAGCUAGCAAAAUGAUCUUGUCGCUCUGCGAAUCACUUUUACGCAACAACUUGACCUUUCGGUUCUCCUUCACCGACUUCCAAGGGUGCAGUAUCGCAACCAUAGUGGCCAUCUUGGCUGGUAUUAUUGAGAGAGAUGCGCAAUACGAGGCUCGGGUUGCAUUAGGCCUAAACCACCUGCGCACGAUGGCCCUUGGCAACCUAACAGCCGAAGUUGGAGUUCGGUUCGUCGAGGCCCUGCAGGCGAUCUCGAACGAGGCCUUUGCUAAACUUGGGAACAUCGACGCAUCCAAGUGCGAGAACCAUGGAACGGGAAUGAGGCAAGACGCACGGGGGGCGGCCGGCUACAGCCAGUGGGCUCAAUGGGUCUCGUGUAGAGCUAGCAUGAGCACUGAGCAGCAGCGAGACAUACCAUUUGUGGUCCCAAAUCCGGAUUUUGGGCCAGCGUCGACCAUGUCAGCUGAGACCAGUUAUGCACAGGCUGCAGCGGCACCCGGAGAUUUUGCGAUGUCGCAUCAGGACUUUUCCAACGCGAUUUUAUCGCCGGUACCUCUGGAUGUCGACCCGCAGAUGAUUUGGAGCCACGAGGACCAGUUGGCGCUCAUGGGCUUGACUGGGCUGGACAUGCUGGAAAUCUGA